AUGGGUGACUUCAUGAGGUCAGUGCUGGUCCACAUGGGUGUCAAGUUAGAAAUUGCCUCCAUAUUUGAGAUGAUCUUUGUUAACAGAGAUAAGGCAGGAGCAUUUACUUUUGGAAAGGUAACAAAGAUGGCCAAGAACAUGGUUACUCCGUUAAAAUUGAUGGUGUCCAAUUCAACCAAUUCGUCAACUCAGAAUCCUGUGAAUGACAACGCUGGCACCACUAUGGGCGCCCUCAUCCUGAGCCUCGUCUUCCUCGUGGGCUUCCCCGGAAACCUCUUCGUCAUCUGGAGCAUCCUGGCACGCGCCCGAAAGCAUUCCGUCACCACCCUCCUCAUCCUCAACCUGGCUUUUGCCGACGGCUCUCUGAUGGCCCUCACCCCGUUCUUCAUCGUCUACCUGAUUAUGAAGAAGUGGGUGUUUGGGAAUGUGAUGUGUAAGAUCCUCUUCUACCUGUGCCUGGUCAACAUGUAUGCAUCCAUCCAGCUCAUCAUGCUCAUGAGCAUCUACAGGCUGGUGGCGGUGCUGUGGCCGCAGCGCGUCACUGUUAUCACUGGCCGGAAGACUGUAAUGCGGCUGCUGGCGGUGGUGUGGGUGCUGGUGAUGAUCGCCGCUAUCCCUGCAAUGAUCUACAGAACAGUGGAGACCAAGGACAUGAAGUGUGAACCAAUCCAUAACCAUGCCAGAGAUACGGUCAUCCAGUACAUGGUGGAGCUGGUGUUGGGUUUUUUAAUUCCCUACACUGUCAUUAUAGUCAGCUACAUCCGCAUCUUACGGCGGAUCCGACAGACCAAGUUCAACCGUCGUGUUCGUAGUGAGAAGCUCAUUCUGGCCAUCGUGUUGACGUUCUGCCUCCUUUGGUUGCCCUACCACAUCAUCAACACAGUGCAAGUUACAUGGGCUUUGUAUCCAGAGGGUAAAGUCAAAAACAUCCUGAAUUCAAUAUGGCACCUGAGCCGGGCCGUCACCUCCGCCAUGGCCUUCAUCAGCAGCUGUGUCAACCCGGUGCUCUACUUCUUCGCAGGAAAGUCCUACAUCCAGCGAGAAGGCCUGGCGUUCAUGGCUCGCUUGUUCGAGGGCACAGGGCUGGACUCGGCCGCCCGGAAGAGCCGACAACACAGCCAGAACAGCCGCGACAAAGAUAAAGAAGCAGACGCCGUGAUGCUGAAAGAUAGAGACUCAAACUCAAACUCUAAUACCAAACCAGUGAAGAAUGGCAAGUAGAUUGUUGUUCCUCUGGAGGGAAAAAGUCUUUAAAUCUUUAAUUCAUCAAGAAUCAUCUUGCAGAGCUUUUUUUCCUGCCAACCAAGGAAAGAUUCAGCAGCAAUCCUUCUUUCAAAUGAGACUGUUACAAGGUUUGGAAAGGGAUAUCGGGCGACUGAUCCUGGAGCAGCUUGCAGCCUGAUGCAUCACAAACUGUAUAUUAGAGAAGCUUUGAUUUGCUCUGAAAUAUUUCAUAAGGAAAAAAAUUGUGGAGUAUGAUCCAGGACUCAGGUGGUUCCUUAUGUCAACUGUACAUUUUAGUUUUUUAUUGCGAUGUCAAAAUGAAUUUUGUUUUUUUGUUUGUUUCUGCAAUGUUUUUAUUCGUCAAAAUGCCUCACAGAAGCAGCCGCAUUUCAAAGUGAACUGAAACAAUUAAUCUUGUUAUAAUUGUAAAAAAAUGUUUUAAUAAAACAUUGUAAAAAAAACAAAACGGUUUAAACUGGCAACAGAAGUUGCCAAACACUUACUGUCAAAUA